AUGGACGACGAAGGACUGCCCAUCUACCACGGGCAAAGCCAUCCAAGAAACAGCGCAUUGGGCUACUACAACAGCCCAGCGCACGACUACGGGCGAUCUACGAGCCAGCAGGCGGGCCAGCCACCGCCAUCGACAGCGACGAGCACGACGAGUGGGCCCAGCAGCCAGGGAAUGUCGUUUUAUCCAUCGAGCGUGGCGACAAACGAAUACUAUCCUCGCCAUGACCCGUAUGCGCCCAGUGCUCUCUACGGCGCACACCACGUUGUCCGCAACCCAGCGUCAACGCCCUCGAGCCCGUAUUACUAUGCAAACGACACCCAUAUCAGCACCGAUCCAACAUCCCCGGCCCCUCCUCGCAAGGCUGCUGGUUUUAGACGCGUGCGCGACGCCAGAGACCUGCGACCAGCCUUGCAGCACUCAGCUCCCUCGGCCCUCAAGGCCCUCACGACAAACAUCUCCACCACCUUUAACAUCUGCAACCCCCAGUUCUCCUACGAAUCAUCCACAAACCCCAGGAGAGUCCUCACAAAGCCAAGCAAGCCUGCUCACAACGAUGGCUAUGAUAACGAGGAUUAUGAUUACAUCCUCUACGUGAACGAUCUCCUUGGCGGCGAAGAAAGCCACAAGUACUUGAUUCUCGACGUACUCGGUCAGGGCACAUUCGGUCAGGUUGUAAAAUGCCAGAAUACUCGGACACACGAGAUUGUCGCCGUCAAAGUCGUCAAAAACAAGCCUGCGUACUUUAACCAGAGUAUGAUGGAGGUCACGAUUCUGGAGAUGCUCAACAAGGAUUAUGAUCCGCACGACGAACAUCACAUUCUCCGGCUCCGAGACUCGUUCAUUCACAAAAACCACCUUUGCCUCGUCUUUGAGUUGCUCUCGUCCAAUCUCUACGAGCUCAUCAAACAAAACUCGUUUAGUGGGCUGAGUACACAGCUCGUCAAAGUCUUUACUGCCCAGUUGCUCGAUGCAUUGACGGUGCUCAAAGAAGCACGGUUGAUCCACUGUGAUCUCAAACCCGAGAAUAUUCUUCUCAGAUCACUCCAAUCUCCUCAGAUCAAGAUUAUAGACUUUGGCUCGGCGUGCCAUGAAAAGCAAACCGUCUACACGUAUAUCCAGUCCAGAUUCUAUCGGUCGCCAGAGGUCCUCCUCGGCGUUCCCUACACGUCUGCGAUUGACAUGUGGUCAUUGGGAUGUAUCGCCGUCGAACUCUUCCUGGGUCUACCAUUGUUCCCGGGAACAAGCGAAUACAAUCAGAUUACAAGAAUCGUGGAGAUGCUUGGCCUGCCACCACAACAAAUGCUCGACUCUGGAAAGCAGACCGGUCAAUUCUUCGACUCGUAUGUCGACACAUACGGCAGGAAGCGAUACCAAUUGAAGACGCUGGAGAAAUAUUCGCGCGAGCACAACACAAAUGAGCAGCCGGGUAAAAAAUACUUUACCCACAACACCCUUCCUGAAAUCAUCAAGGCUGCGCCGAUCCCCGCGCAGCGCGCGAAGCCGCAAGAAGCGGAGAAAGAGCAGUAUAGUCGCCUGGCAUUUAUCGAUUUUGUUCAGGGUCUUCUCAAUCUCAACCCUCAUGAGCGAUGGACACCGCAACAGGCAAAGUUGCAUCCAUUCAUUACGGGCGAAAAGUUUACGGGUCCAUUUGUUCCCCCUGGCUCUGCAAGAGCCAAUGCAGAUCCGGCCAGGCCCUAUGGAGGCCUCCCUCCCGCUCAACCCCAGGGAACUCGAGCGUAUCGAAACGCGGCGAGCUACAAUCAGCAUCUGAAUCAGCACCAGGCCAACACAGCAGCAGCAGCAGCGGCUGCAAGCGCUGCAAAUCCAGCGGGAAGCGGCGGAGCACCCUAUCGGAACCCAUACCUGCCUCCCGGUGGUCAGCAGCCACCAGCACAUCAAGCCCAGGCCGCACCAGCGCAAGCUGCACCACCAGUUGAGGUCUCGCUAGAUGGAUAUUCAAACAAUGCCGCCCCUGCUGCUGGUCCUGCUCAAGCCGCCUACAGCAUGCCUCCUCCGCCCCAAGCCCACGCAGCUACUCGCCUGCAACAUCAUCAUUCCCAAACUGGACCACACGGUCAGGGCAGUCCCUAUGGAAGCUCUCAGCCUCCGCAGGCCGGGUCUUAUCAGUAUACAUCCUCACAGCAAGGCUCGCAGCAGCAGCAGCAACAGCAUCGUGGACGCGCAAACACUGGUCAUAUGGAUAUUGUCCCCCCAGCCAUUGCUCGAAUUGCAAACAUGGGCGGCGAUCAGUCGGGUAUCGGGCGAAACGCACUCACUCCGGUCCUUCGACGAGAUGAUGCGUACCGAGAGUGGGAGCGAAGACACCAGACCGGCGCUGCGCCGGCCACUACGUACCCUCAACUCGAAUACUUGCAACAACAAGCCGAACGUAUGCCGAACACGUGGAGCUCACGAACAUACCACGGGCCGUCUGGAGGUGGUAAUCGCACACAGCUUAGCUUGAACACCACCUCUGGAGGACAGCAGUUCCAACCUCCGCCUGCGGCAAUCGUCGUUGAUACUCAGGAGCGUCCUGUUGGAUUGCGUGAUGUGAUGAGUAGCGUGCGGUCCGCGGCAGGAACCAAUUCGAUGGACUCGUCCUCGCUUGGUCAAGUUUCCUCUUCCAUCUCCACACCACCGUUGGCAUACACGUCUGGCACUGCAUCCUCUGCGUCUGGUCAUCGCUACGGGAACAGCGCCUCGUAUCAACAGUCGCCCGCUACCUCCCUGGCCUAUGACUCUUACGACCGCGGUGGCGGAUCGAAUGGUGCCAAUGCUGGAGGUGGAGAUCUGUCGUCGAUGUAUGCGCCUUUGCAACCACACCAGUACCAAGGGUCGGGCUAUGGCUCUGGAGCGCCUCCUUCUAAUGUCGCACGCGGUCAGCAGCAACCUCCGCAGGCACAGCGACAAGCGACGAUGAACAACGUUCCCCAGGCGUCUGGUGGUGCAUUCUAUACCCCUGGUGCCUCUCCUUCGCUGGGAGGGGCAGGCUCUACAUAUUCCCAACAACAGCAGCGGUCUCUCUAUGGCUCGCAGCCGCCGCUUUCGGCUGGUGGGGACGGGAGACGACUGAACAACGAGAUGGAUGUGUGGUCUCGCUAG